UUGGAUUGUUCAUUUAUCUUCACGGGGCAAUGAAAGACACAAUGUACAAUUUGCUGUAAGAGAUUCAAUAAUAGAGAUAGGUCUUGAUAAACCAAUACAGAAACACUAAACAGACGAUAUGAAAAACAACCUCAGAAUGAGACCAUACGUUCCAAGUAAAGAAGAACUUUUUAUAAUUCUGAUUUUGUUAUAUAUUGAGAUCUAUGAAAAAAAGAAGAGAAAGAAUAAUGUCUGCCAAACCAAAAGGUUAACACUUCUGGCCGAUUUCGACAUUAAACAUAUUAUGGUACCCGUGUAUGUCGUAUCCCUUCGGCCGCGACGACUUAAUAGCGGUAACACUCGGGUACUACCCGAUGGUGGGGAUCUCAACGUGGCACAUGCUCUACAGCAACCAGAUCAUCCUUACACGGCCGCCCAAAGUAAUCGAAAUGAUGAUUUAAUAGGAGCUGAAGCGGAAGCGGAAGCAAGAGGCGGAAACGAGCACAGAAAUAGAGACUAUAACAUACAUGAUGAUGCAACAAGGCGUGCGGAUAACUUAAACGGAAGAGGGAGAAGAUUUCUAUCAAUCAAGGUUCGUUAUCAAGGGUCAGAAAUAACACUCCAGGUUCAAAAGAGCACACCUGUCAAUGAUUUUAUACGUUCUAGAGAAUUUGUUACAAAGGUAUCUGAGAAGUGGAGUAUUCCGGAACAUGACUUGCAGAAUAUGGUACUUAGGAAUCAAGAUCGCGUGAUUGAAACACUGGAGUUUGACUGUAUACUACACUUACGUGCAGGUCAUACUGAUUUGUUUCUUGAAUCUUUCCCUUCGCCAUAAUUAUGUCAAUAGGAGUUGUAUUUAUACAAGGCAAACUUCAAGAACAGAGACAAGAGGUUCCAAAGUUGAAAUAAGGACUUAUGAUGUUAACAUGUCGAUUGAUUCAAUAUUCAAGGGCUUGUUUGAUAAUCACGAUUGUCGCCAAUGACGAACAAAUUCGUAACAAAAUUUUUAAAACGUCGCAGAUGAUGAAUAUAUAUAGAGAAUUUGUACGGUCGUCAGAGUGAUUCCAUUGAGAGACAUUCUGUCUUUGUGUGAUAUAUAAAUCUUGUCGUGUUUGAUGUUGCCAGGUUGCCUGUUGGUUCAGUUGUUGUAUACCAUGUUAUCAGUAAUUAACUCCACAUUAUUCACUUGGAUUAUAUGGCCGAUGUCGCCGAUGAGACA